AUGCGCCGAGAGCUUGCAAAUGUUCCUCGUUCUAGCAGCACUCCGUUAUCCCCACCCCUGCUGCGCCUGCUCUCGGCUCUCCGCGCCUGGCUGGCUGCGCCCGCUGCGCCGGAUGCCGCGGGAGCCGGGCCUCCGCGGCCGGCUUCCUCCGCGGAGCCGGUAGCUCCGCCAGCGGCGGCGGGGCAGGGGGAGCCCGUGGGGCGGGGCUGCGCCAGGAGGGCUGCGCGCGUGCGCGUGGUGAGGGCUGCGGAGGCCGUGAGUGAGGGGAUGCUGGUGGAGGGCGCACGGGGAGGGGGAGGCGCUGACGGGAAGGGGAAUUGGACUGAGGCUGAGGAGAAUGUGACUAAUGCGAAGGGGAACGCAUUUAAUGGUGCCGAUGCAGAAGCAGGGGACGGGCUGAUAUGGCAGGUGCUGUGCGGCAGUGAUGCGCCUCGGCUGAUGGUCCAAGCCAUGGCUGCUGCGAGGUGCGAGUGCGCAUGCUGCCAUGCAGCGGUAGCAGCGGCCAUGGCGUCACUGGCGUCGCUGCUCUUCCUGCUGCUCCCCCACCACGCCCUCACUGCCUUCUUCCCUGCCCCCGCCCCUGCCCCCACUGCAGCAGCGCGCUGCAUCGCUGACGUGGCGUCAUCGCCUCUCGGCGCCCACCUGGCCCGUCAACACACCGCUGUGCAUGCGCUGCUCUCUUCCCUGUGCGUCCUGCUAUCUGUCGCUCCCGUGCUCCUAGCGUCAUGGCAGAGAGAUGAUGGGACGGAGGCAGAAGGGAGACGAAGAGAAAGGAGUGGGGAAUGUGGGGAGGCGGAGAGGGAGGAGGAAGAGGAAGAGGAGGAGGAGGAGGAGGAGGAGGAGGAGGAGGAGGAGGAGGAGGAGGAGGAGGAGGAGGAGGAGGAGGAAGGGGAGGAGGAGAGGAGUGUAGAGCAUCUGACACAGGAGCACUUGCACACACAUGUGGAUGCGUUAUGGUCGCUGCUCUUCCUGCCUCACUCACAACCUACACAUUCCCAAACCCAUCCUCACACCCUCCCUCACUCUCACCCUUCCUCUCUCGCAUCCAACCCAUCUCUCACUUACUCGUCCCCUCAUCACCUCCCCACUCUGCCAACCUCCCCCCUCCCCCCCAAAUCUCCUCAUCACCUCUCCUCUCUGCCGCCCUCCCCCUUACUCGCGUCAGCCCUGGGCGUGCUCCGCCGGGAAUAUUCCCGCAUUCACAGAAAGGACAAUCUGCGCCACCCGCAGCAGUCUCAGCUGGAUGGCAAGCGGUGUCAUCUAGCGGCUGUGAUGGCCUGGGUGGGGAUGUCGCUCGCUGUAAAAGCAAGGGAGGGGGGGCAAGCAGAGGCAGCAGGGGUGGAGAAGGCGAGGAGAGGGUUUGAGGAGACGAGAGGGGGGAACGGAGAGGCAGCAGGGGUGGUGGAGGCGAGGAGAGGGUUUGAGGAGACGAGAGGGGGGAACGGAGAGGCAGCAGAGAGUGGAGUGCCGAAGGAAACAAGGGAUGUGCCUGAAACGAGUGUGAGUGCAGAAGCAUGUGGCAGGGGAGUGAAUGUGCCUGACGCGAGUGUCUCUGAAGCGAGUGUGGGUGCAGAAGCAAGCCACAGGCGAGCAGAGCAGCUGCUGGGCAUGACAGCAGGUUCAUGGCCUGUAUUCCUGUCCACUGUGUGGACAGCAGAGAGAGGGGGGAUGGAGGCGAGCGGAGUGGGGGACGGAGCAUGCAGCAGGCGAGCGGAGCAGCUGCUGGGCAUGACAGCAGGUUCAUGGCCUGUAUUCCUGUCCACUGUGUGGACAGCAGAGAGAGGGGGGAUGGAGGCGAGCGGAGUGGGGGACGGAGCAUGCAGCAGGCGAGCGGAGCAGCUGCUGGGCAUGACAGCAGGUUCAUGGCCUGUAUUCCUGUCCACCGUAUGGGAGAAGCGCCCCUUCCUCUUCAGAGAACGUGGGAGAAGAAGAGAGGUAGCAAAUCGUUUGCUUCUUGAGGAAAAUCAGUCUCUCGUACCAAAGGAAGGCCCUUGCCGUCUCUUAAACCAUCACUUUGUGAGGCGCAUAGAAAGUAGCCGACUUUCUCUAACAGAGCAGGGCCCUUCCCUGGCUGCUCUGAUCCGCGCCAUUCCACACCUUGGGACUGCGGAUGGGCUCCUGGAUUUUUUUCUGCCCGGGGCAGCGCACUGCCCCAGAAUGAGCGCGGGCGAAGCCGACCCGUUCGCUGCUCUGAGGGACAUGGCAGUGGCCGGCGAGCUUGGGCGGCCUCUCUUGUCCUCACCUGACGUGUCCUUUGUCCACUCACAGCCCUCUGGCAUGGGGGGGACUGCCCCUCAUUUCCAUGCUCCUCAAGAAAACACUUCAGCAGCAGCAGAGGGGGGAGCAGCAAUAGCAGAAGGGGAAGCAGCAGCAGAGGGACGAGCGUGCAAGCGCAGGCGUGUCACUGAAACCACCCUGCCAGAUUCACCCCUCCCAUCCUCAAUCUCCCCGGCGUCAACACUCCAGCACACUGUACCAACCCUUCCAACCUCACCAAACCGGCCACCAACCAUCCCAACUCCGCAACCAACCCUCCCAAGCCACCCAACCCAGCCAUCAUCGAACCUCUUCCGUGCAGCCUCCUCCCAGGGCAGCACCAUCGCCCUCCGCAGCGUCAACUCCCGCUCGCCUGCUGUAGCCACCCUUGCACACGCCACAGCCACACCCCUCACCCCGCCAACCUUACCACCAUCAAACACCUUCUGUGCAGCCUUCUCCCAGGGCAGCACCAUCGCCCUCCGCAGCAUCAACUGCCGCUCGCCUGCCGUGGCGUCCCUCGCACAUGCCAUGGCUGCCGCCCUCUCCCUGCCAGCUGUCGGGGUCAACCUGUACCUCACGCCGGGCGGUGGGCGGCAGGGCUUGUCUCGACACUGGGACGACCACUGUGUGCUGGUGUGCCAGCCGGCACAGGUGCACGCUCAGCACGAAGAGAAUCUGAUUUCAAUGCAGCGGUUGAUGAAUCUAGAGGGGGGAACGCUGUGGCAGAGCAUGGCAGUGAUGCGAGCGGCCAAUGUCGAGUGCAGGAGGGAGAAAACCCAGGCCAGGAAGCUCAUGAGAGCGUCGCAAAGCAAUGUGCAAUGCGUGAGGGAGAAAGAGAACCAGUCCAAGCAGGUGGCGCUGAUGCUGGUGGGGAGGGGGCGCAUUGUGAGGCGCCUCAAGACAAGCAGUGGGGGAAGGAGGGGGAGGAGGGGUGGGUUCCAAUAG